AUGACCCUCAGUAUCGCAAACAUCAUUAUGGACGUCGUCAUACUUCUGCUUCCGCUGAAGAUUGUCAUUCCACUUCAGAUGGCUCGAAGACAGAAGGUUUCUGUCAUUCUUAUGUUCGCCACUGAGACGUUAAAAAGACGCAACAUGCAAUCCGAGUCGUACGAAUUACAGUCGCAUGAUGAUCUUCCAGAAGAGAGUUCUGGAAAAGCAAAAUGUAGCGAUGACGAAGCUGAGUUAUGUUCCGGAAGGAGGUACCGCAAGGAUAUUUUCAGUGACCGGGAGACAAUUAUCGAAUCUGAAUCGAAUCGGCAUGGAGGGGCUUGUAGCGGGAUAUAUCCUGCAACUAAUGAAGUUGACUUCAAUGGCGUUGAGUCUGCCGCAUUUGCGAAUAGAAACGAUGGUCGAGUCACGCCGUCAACGGCCGCUCGAAUUCAAGUCACCCACGAGUCCACAGUCUCGUAUGAUCCCCGACAACAAUAG